GGUCAAACGAGCCGUAUAUUACCGUCUGAGUCUCCAUCAAUCCUCCCAUCUUUUUUGAAGCCCAAGGGUUUCCGUCUUCGCCCCUUUUGACGAUCGAACAUAAAAAUUGGAGCUUCAAGCUGCUUCUAUCUUAUUACGGAUAUUGAUGGAGAAAGGGAAAGGAGUGAUGGGAGGUCGAAAAUGGGCCGUUGACUUUACAGACAAUUCAUCCACACCAUCCUCCCGUGACAUUCCUGACCCACCUGGUUUCACUCGUGCCUCCCAUGACCAAGAUGAUUCUACUCUGAGUCGUCAAAAGAAGGAUGCUGAAGCAAAUUGGAAAUCACAGAAAGCAUGGGAAGUCGCCCAGGCCCCCUUCAAGAAUCUGCUUAUGAUGGGAUUUAUGAUGUGGAUGGCCGGAAGCACAGUGCAUUUGUUUAGCAUCGGCAUAACUUUUUCAGCCCUUUGGCAACCAUUAAGUGCUCUUCAAGGGGUUGGGAAGGUUUUUGAGCCUUACAAAGAUAGCAAAGUAGACCUCAAUGCACCCAAGUUACUAUAUAUUGCCCUUAAUUUAGGGGGUAUGCUGCUUGGUGUCUGGAAGCUAAACACUCUGGGCCUUCUUCCGACCCAUGCAUCCGAUUGGGUUUCAUCUUUAUCCCCCGCCCAUGAGGUCGAGUAUUCAGGUGGAGGCAUUGCUUUGAAGUAAGAUCCAUCCACUGGCUUUUAACUCGUGUUCAAGUUUUUAAUAUCUAAGAACUGCUUCAAUUAAUGCAUUCUGUUUUGCUGAACUUGGCUGCAAUAAUUGAGCUAUUUGCCAUAAGAUUCAUGUUGCAUGUCUUGCAUAUCUUUGCACAAUUUGAAGCACAUCUGUAUACAGUUUGAACCAUGCAAUCUUCUAUUCUGAAGGAAACACUUCCUUAGUUUUUCAUAGCAAGUCAAUUAUAUUCUCGAGUU